AUAAACUCCAAAACAAUCUAUUGUCAUAUGUCAAACUCGAUUAUCUGUCAAAUUAUUUGACAAAAAGUAAUAACCUUACAUUCGUAUUUCGUUUUCGGUUGAUGAUAGUACGCAAAAAUUCAUGAUAUCUUUUCCUGAAAGAACAAUUUCAUUUUGUUUUAAUUUCCAAACCCCAAAAUACUAUUUAUUUGAUUAGGUAAUAAGACAAAUAUGUAUAUCAUGUUCCAUGUGUAACCAUAUUCGAAACAUUGUAGGACCAUAAUAUUAUUGUUGUUGAUUAUUAAUUAGAUGUUUUUAUGUGUACGCAAAUUGUAAUUAAAUGAUUUAAAGAAGUAGUAGUUUAGCAGUGAUCAUACGUAGUAAUAAAUUUGCACAAAUUAGUUUCAAGAAGGUAUAUUCAGUAGAUCGAUAGUCAACCUUUGGACUUUAGUUAAUCGUAAUAAAAUAAUGUAUAUUGGUUACACCGCUCCUAUCUUGGUUUUUGUGCUUUCAGUAAUUGUGUCAUAUAUAUUUGUGAUGAGUCCAACAGCUAAUGAGAUGGCAAACAAUGGGUAUGUGUUCAUAUCAAAUGCUGCUAAAGCCUAUGCUAUCUGCCAGAGAGCUUCAAAGUUGGUGCAAAGAGUUUUGUAUCUGAGAGUUAAGGAAAACAAUGAAGCAUCAUUACCUAUGCUUAGCAAGCAAAUUGAACAUGUUUAUUGUAAGGCAGCAUCCCAAUACAACCAUCUGGAUGUAAGACUGAUAUUAAAACAAGGUGAAGUGAAAAAUGAGAACACUAACUUUCCAAUUGACCUAGUAAUAUUUGAGAGUGAAUUAGCAAAGGAUAUAGACAGCCUGAAGAGCUCUGUAAAUACUAUAAGAAGUGGUUGUAGAGUACAAAAUCUAGAUGUUAAUGAAGAACCCGUCGGUAUUUUAGAAAAAGUAAGAACCUACGAGAAUGUUGUUUUGGGUGGGACCUUUGACCGAUUACAUAAUGGUCAUAAGGUGCUGUUGUCACAAGCUGUGCUGCGAGCCACUAAGUCUGUUACUGUGGGUGUUACUGACAUGAACAUGCUUCAAGUUAAAACUUUACCGGAACUGAUACAACCAGUGGAAGAAAGAAUAAAAGAGGUACACAACUUCCUAAUGGACAUCAAUCCAGACUUGGAAUACAAUUUGUUUCCCUUAAAAGACCUCUACGGCCCGACUAAAGACGAUCCUAAAUUCCAGUUAAUAGUUGUAAGUGAUGAGACGAUUCGAGGAGCUGUUAAGAUCAAUGAGAAGCGAGAGGAGAAGGGAAUACCACCGAUGGACGUCCACGUGAUAUCCAUCAUAGAAGACUCUCAGGCGGAUACUUCGACCGCUGAGGAGGGCAAAGUCAGUUCUAGUAACCAGAGGAUAAGAAUGCUGGGCAAAACAAUUCGGAGACCACAACCUAAUCCCAACAUCCCGGAUUGGCCGUACGUGAUUGGACUGGCCGGGGGUAUUGCCAGCGGAAAAUCUCGUAUUUUGCAAAAAUUAAAAGAAAAAGGUGCGGCGGUUUUGAACUGUGAUAUUAUCGCUCACGAGCUGUACAAACCGGGCCUUCUCCUUAACCGCACGAUAUCUGAGAAUUUCGGCAAAGAAGUAAUCACAGAGACCGGAGAAGUGGACAGGAGGAAGCUAGGAUCUAUCGUUUUUAAUGAUAAGGCACAAUUAGAUAAACUAAACAGCUUGGUAUGGCCAGAAGUGAUGGCCGAGACGCAGCGUCGCAUCAAAGCUUUGGGCGAUGAGGGCUACCGUAUCGUGGUCAUAGAGGCGGCCGUGAUGGUGCGGGCCAAGUGGUACGAGUACUGCCAUCAACUGUGGACCGUCAUCAUUCCCAGGGACGAGGCGAUCAAAAGGAUACAGAAACGCGACAACCUUUCAGCGGAAGACGCCGCCAAGAGAGUGGACUCCCAAGUAUCUAAUAUGGACCAUGUAGCCGUGGCUAAUGUAGUAUUCAGUCCGAAUUGGAGCACAGACCAUACGGACCGACAACUCGAUGUCGCAUGGAAAGAACUGCAAGAGUAUUUAGCUAAGAGAAUGUAGGUCAGGCUAGCUAGUAGCAGCAAUAUUAGCAAUUGUUACCCCGACAUACUCCACGGAUCUUUUAAUAAUAACAUUUUUAACAAACGCCGUGUAGAUACGUUAAAUGUUUGGCGGUGCUCGAACAGUUUCGGUCAUUGGGGCUUAUAAUCGUAAACCGCAUGCGCGUCGUAAAUCGUUAGUUACAUCGCACAAGCAUGUCGUAGAUCAUAAUAAAGCCUAAACUAAUAUUUGAAGG